AUGAUAGGACCUGAUGAAGAAAGCGCCGUCAAAGUCGCUAUUCGCGUUCGUCCAUUCAAUAAAAGAGAACUUGACCUGAAAACCAAGUCAGUUGUCAAAAUUCAUAAGGAGCAAUGUAUACUUAACCACCCAGUUGAAGAGAAAAACUCAAAGACUUUCACAUUCGACCAUUCGUUCUGCUCUACUGAUCCAAGAAGUUAUGAUUUUGCAAGUCAAGAGACUGUCUGCUACCAUUUGGGGUCAGGAGUCGUUGAAAAUGCUUUCUCUGGAUACAAUGCUUGCAUAUUUGCUUACGGACAAACUGGAUCCGGAAAAUCGUACACUAUGAUGGGUACUCCCGACCAACCGGGAAUCAUCCCACGUGUCUGUAAUGAUAUUUUCACCCGAAUUCAUGAAACUUCCAAUGCAACACUGUCAUUCAAAAUUGAGGUCUCCUACAUGGAAAUUUACAAUGAAAGAGUUCGUGACUUGCUUGACCCAAAAAAAUCAAGCAAAGCAUUGAAAGUGCGGGAGCAUAAAAUACUCGGACCCAUGGUUGAUGGAUUGUCUAUUCUUGCAGUCAAUUCUUUUGAGCAAAUUUCAAACCUCCUCGAAGAAGGUAACAAGUCAAGAACAGUCGCUGCAACAAACAUGAAUGCUGAGAGUUCUCGUUCUCAUGCGGUGUUCAGCUUGAUUGUAACACAGACUUUGCAUGAUUUGGAAAAUGGAUUCAGUGGAGAGAAAGUUGCAAAGAUUUCAUUGGUAGAUUUGGCUGGAAGUGAGAGAGCUGGGAAAACGGGAGCAGUUGGAAAACGUUUGGAAGAAGGAGGAAACAUCAACAAAUCAUUGACCACAUUGGGAAUGGUCAUCUCAGCAUUAGCCGAGAGAAAUGCAAAGAAGGACAAAUUCAUUCCGUAUCGUGAUUCUGUUUUGACAUGGCUUCUCAAAGAUUCACUGGGAGGAAACUCAAGAACUGUCAUGAUUGCAACAUUGUCACCUGCAGCUGACAAUUAUGAGGAGACUUUGUCAACUCUGAGAUAUGCCGACCGCGCUAAGAAGAUUGUCAAUCAUGCAAUCAUCAAUGAGGAUCCAAAUGCCAGAGUGAUUAGAGAACUUCGAGAGGAAGUGGAGACUCUUCGCAUGCAAAUUACACAAACGAAAAAAGAACAUGCGGAGACUGAAGAACUGCGUGAAAGGCUGGCUGAAAGUGAACGUCUCGUAGCCCAAAUGAACAAGUCAUGGGAGGAACGUCUCAAGGAAACUGACACUUUGAACAAAGAACGACAGAAAGAUUUAGCGGAAAUUGGUAUUUCAAUCGAGUCAAGUGGAAUCAAGGUCGAAAAGGAUCGGUUCUAUCUUGUCAACAUGAAUGCUGAUCCAUCGUUGAACGAACUUUUGGUUUAUUACAUAAACGGUUCUGCUAUUAUUGGUAACUCAGAGGAGCUGGAAACUAGUCGAGAUUCUGGACUUUCUAUGUCUUCUAAUGAUUCAUCAAAGAAAGACGAUGAGAAAGAGCGAACAAGCAUUGUCCUUCGAGGUCUUGGUAUAAUGAGACGUCAUGCAAAAUUGACCAUUGACGAGUAUGGUGGCAGAAUGCGUCUGUUUGUCGCUCCAAUGUCCUCGGAAUGUAGAAUCUGUGUUAAUGGAAAACAGAUUACUGAUCGGACUCUUCUCCGGAAUGGAAAUCGAAUGCUGGUUGGAAUGAAUCACUUUUUCAAAGUGAACUGUCCAAAAGUGAUGGAUAUGGAACAGUCCAUAAUGGAGGACAGCACCAUGUUCGAUUACAAUGACGCUUGGCAUGAGGUCAAUGAUGCAAACCCCAUCAGUUCAGCAGUUGAUCAGUAUAUGGAGAGUGUUACACUGAAACAUCAGGAAGACAAAAAAGCGGCACUCGAGCAACAAUACGAAGCAUUCGAGAAGUACAUUCAGUCGUUGACUGCAGGAGGGUUUACCCCGUCUACACCGAUGACCCCUGGAUUUGGGUUACCGACUCCAAUUACAACACCCACUGGAUUACCGCCAUUCCCAUUCCCAACUAACCCCAAGCAGUCUGUGAAAAGCAAAUUCUUCUAUUGGGCGCAGAGAAAAGAAGAAAUGUUUGCUGAAUCCUUGAAACGUCUAAAAGCAGAUGUGAUUCAUGCAAAUGCUUUGGUCCGCGAAGCCAAUAUGAUUUCCAAGGAGUUGAACAAGAAACCAAAACGUCAAACGACCUAUGAUGUCACAUUGCAAAUACCGGCUUCAAACUUGAGACCUAUUAAAAUCAAAGCUGGUCAAUUUGUCUGUGAACCAGUCAUUGUUGUCCGCCGGGAAGGAAUGAGUGGAAGUCAGUUCUGGACAGUUUCUCAAUUAGAAAGUCGAUUGGUGGAUAUGAGAGACACAUACAAUGACAUGUUGAAUGGAUACUCGAGAGCAAGUGAGUCAUUGAACGGAACACCCAAUGCAUCACCAAUGAAGACUGCUGGAAUCCCAAUGAACGAAUGCUCUUCUUUGGUUAUUGACCCAUUCUUUGAGAGUCAAGAACAUCAUAAUCUUGUCGGAGUUGCCAACGUCUUCCUGGAAGUGCUUUUCCAUGACCUGCGCCUUGAUUAUCAGGUUCCAAUAAUUUCCCAACAAGGAGAAGUGGCUGGACGUCUCCAUGUGCAGAUCUUCCGUGUGGUGACUCAAGAAGAGAUUGAUAAUCAGACUAGUAGCGGACCAGAAUCACUUCUUGGCAAAACUAUCACUUGCCGAGUACGAAUCAAGCGUGCUUCUGGACUUCCGGAAAAGCUUUCAAACUUUGUUUUCUGCCAAUACUCGUUCUUCAACAUCUCUGAACUGCUUGUUGUUGCACCAGCUAACGAGGCAGCCAACCAUUCUUCGUGUGCUACUACUGUGAUCUUCGAACACCAAAGGGACUUCAACGUAAUGGUCACAGAAGAGUUCAUGGAGUACGUGAGAGACGAUGCUCUGUCGAUUGAAGUCUGGGGUCAUAGAAUCUGUGGCCACCCUGAAGAACGUGUACUGGAUACUGAUGAGAAAUGCAAAUCCUUGCAAAACCGGUGGAUGGAAGUCACUAGAAGACUGGAAAUGUGGACAGAAGUCCGAGAAUUGAAUGAUAAUGGUGAAUGGACAAGUGUGGAAGUUCGAAGUGCUGAUGAUGUGGCGACUGGUGGAAUCUAUCAGUUGAAACAAGGACAGCAGAGACGACUUGUGGUUGGAGUGAACGUAGCGGCACCAGAUGGACUUCCAAUUAGUAUUGACAGCAUCACAUCUGUUAGUAUUGGAGCUAUUAUGGCAGUGAAACCAAACAACUCCAAAUCAAUUGACAGCUAUCAGGAGGAAGAUUUAGAUAAGAUCAGAAAACAAUGGUCUCAUGCAUUGAAAUCAAGGCAAUUUUAUCUGCAACAUCAGUUAGACACAUUGUCCGCUAAAUCAGGGAAAUCAGAAGCAGAAUUAGAUCGGGAGCAUUCCUUGAUGGGACAGUGGGUGGCGUUGACGGAAGAAAGGACUGCUGUGGAAUGCCCAGCGCCAAACUCAUGUAUUCCAGGUGCACCAUGUGAUUGGAUUGCCCCAGAAGGCGUCGAAAGACAUAUCCCAGUACUUUUCCUAGAUCUCAACUCCGAUGAUAUGACCGGUGAAAUGACUAGUGAUGAGAAUGUGCCAAGAGUUGCUGGAUUACACUCAAUGCUUCCUUUGGAGCCAGAAGGAAACUUAUUGCUACUUCCAAUUCAUAAAUAUGAUGACAAAGACCACGUCGCUACCUGCUCUUGGGACUCUUCCGUUCAUGACACUCCAGCUCUGAACGUUCCAACCAACAGUAAUGACAGAAUAUAUGCUAUUGUCAAAAUUAUGGUCCGUCUGUCUCAUCCGUGCCCGAUGCAUAUUGUUCUUCGAAAGCGGAUCUGUCUACAAAUCUACAAAAAACCAAGCCUGACCGAGAAGUUCUUCAAAAAGAUGUUAGGAACGGAAACUAUUCAUCGGACAUCUUUGUAUUAUGAUGUUGUUGCUCACAUUCCUAAGUCGUCACAAGACAUGGAAGACCGUUCAUCACUUGCAAUGAUGGCAGCCAAGGACACUUCUCAAGACGAGCAAGGUGGCGGCUCCUCUCGUAGCUCAACGUCUUCAACAGAAUCACAGCAUCAACAACAGACACUCAAUUACAUUGAGGCUUAUACUAAAAGCAUUCAGGCGGUCGAGUCAAUGCUCAAACUGGAUAGACUCCGUCAAGAAGUGGCUAUUACCAACAUGUUGACAAAGAAAGAGCGGUUACAACGUAUUCAAAAUUUUGGGCUUCCAAUGCAUUCCUUGAGGAUGAACAGAGCAGUUAGUCUGCCGAAUGCGAUCUCAUCAGCCGGACAGAUAAACGGGAUGGAAAAACGAUCAGACACUCCAAUGAGCAUUUCUUCAUCGAACUCAAUGGUGACAAGCAUUAUCAGCCCAUACAACGAUAAAUUAACGGGAAUCAUAGAGGAGACGAAUUCUCUAAAGAUUGAGACUGCUCCAACCAGAUCUUCAACAGUUCCUGAGACAAUGUGUUUCUCCGCCGCAAAAAGAAUGUCUCCAACGGAAGAUGUAAAAAACGGAAAUGAAGAGAGUACCCCUUCCCGAUCUGCAAAUGGCAUGUCAAUGGGAGUUAAGCUCUGCCUUCCACUAGAAAAUAACAACCAAUUUGCCUCAAAGAAAUUGCAAAAUGGUGACCUGGUGGAUCUCAAAAUCAACUAA